ACCUCUUCUUUUUUUUUCCCUGGAAAAAUAUAAACAGUCAUGUCGUUUAGAGAAAAGACUGAAACAAAAACAACUGAGCACGUUACGGUGCAUCAGUUCCAAGGUCACUCCGAUCGCUAUAAUAAAGUCACUGCAGAAUCAUAUCUUCGUAAAGAUAAUGAAAGCAGCAGUAGCUACUGGGCCCGUCGUCUUUGGCAAAUUAAGCCUGUCGAAUUAUUAUGGGGAGAUGCGGAAAAUUCAGAGUUAAGUCGUGCCUUGUCAGCCUUCCAACUUGUCUUUGUAGGUAUCGGUGCUAUUAUUGGUACUGGUAUUUUUGUUCUUUCCGGUUUGGCUGCUGCCAACAAUGCAGGACCUGCUGUUACACUCUCCUUCGUUAUUGCUGCUAUUGCUGCUGCCUUCGCUGCUCUUAGUUACUCUGAAAUGGCUUCCAUGAUUCCUGUUGCUGGUUCUGCUUAUACUUAUGCUUAUGCUACCAUGGGUGAGUUUAUUGCUUGGACUAUUGGUUGGGAUUUAAUUCUUGAAUACAUGGUCGGUGCUGCCACUGUUGGUGUUGGAUGGUCUGGUUACUUUGUCAAGUUCUUUGCUGUCGCAUCCAACGGAAGAAUUCAUUUUGCUGAUAGUUGGACCAAGCCUACUGUCGCAUGGAUUGAAGAUCCUGCUUCUAUCUCAUACUCUGGUAACUACUUUAACGUCCCCGGUUUUGUGAUCAUUAUGUUGGUUACUAUUAUUUUAAUUAUUGGUAUCCGUCAAUCUGCAAUGUUCAACACUAUUGUUGUCUCAAUCAAGCUUGUCGUUAUUCUUAUCUUUAUCUUUGGUCUUGCUGGUUACAUGUACACUCCCAACUAUCAUCCCUAUAUCCCUCCUAACACCACCGGUAACUGGCAUUUCUUUGGUGUACCUGGUAUUUUUGCAGCUGCAACAACCGUCUUCUUCAGUUAUAUUGGUUUUGAUGCUGUUACUACCGCUGCUCUUGAAGCCAAGCGUCCUCAACGUGAUCUUCCUAUUGGUAUUAUUGGUAGUUUGGUUAUCAGUACUGUCCUUUACCUUGCUUUCUGUACCAUCAUGACAGGUGCUGCUCAUUACUUAGACUUCAAGGGAUCCCCUGUUCCUGCUUCCGUUGCUGUUGAAGCUGUUAUGAAACGUACCGGAAAGGAUUUCAGAUGGCUUAACAUUCUUGUUGCUAUUGGUGCCGUCUGUGGUUUGACCUCCGUUUUACUCAUUAAUUUGCUCGGUCAAUCUCGUGUCUUUUAUGCCAUGGCCAAGGAUGGUCUUUUACCCCCUAUGUUCUCCAAGAUUCACCCCAAAUUCAAGACUCCUCAUUUAGCUACUCUCACAGUUGGUUUCAUUACCGCUGUUAUGGCUGCAGUUUUACCUGUUGAUUUACUUGGUAACAUGACAUCUGUUGGUACCUUGUUGGCUUUCUUCAUUGUUCAUCUUGGUGUUAUUAUCUUGAGAUUCACUCGUCCUGAUAUUGAGCGUCGUUUCAAAAUCCCCGGUGGUAAGUGGCUCUCCUUAUUAUUCCCUAUUAUUGGUAUGGGUAUCUCUGUUGCUUUGAUUGCUGUCGCUGAAGUUACUACCACCAUUUGGCGUCUCUUUGUUUGGAUGGGUAUUGGUUGGGUCAUUUACUUCAGUUAUGGUAUCCGUCACUCUAGAUUCAACAGAGAUCCUUUAGCUCGUUUUGCCGAAGCUGAGGUUAAGCCUCCUCCUACGUACGCAGUUGGUUCUGACGAUAAUGCUGGUUAUAAAACUGAGGAAUAUAACUAUGUUCCCGACACUCACCAAGCUGAUCCUUCUUCGCACCGUGCUUAAAUGUCAAAAAUCUCUUUGUCCUUUAAUUUCGUUUUUUUUUAUCCCCCGCCCCUUUCCCAAUUAUUAUCCCUAUUAUUGUACUUUUAACUAAUACUUACUAAAACAACUCUAUCAUAUUAUGAAUAUAUAAAAUGUUUUUUACUUCA